AGAGCGUUUAGAAAUUUGAGACUUUGAUGCGCAAUAAAAUUAUGGGAAAGCUGGAUUUUUGCAGGGUGUUGGAUUUAUGCUUAGUACAUAUCCUGAAACAACAGAGUCCAACAUCGUUCCCCCGCUUACUUCCUCCCCAGGUCCUCCCAGAAGUUCAAAACUGCAAUUGUUUCGUAAACCAAGUAUGUCACGGCUUCAAAUCAAGAUAUCGAUCUGACUUUCAUUUUAUCCUUUCAAGGAUGAAUAUAUCUACAAAAUUGAUGUAUUAUAACAUUUUAUCGUAUAUCUAUUGCUUAGGGCGUUAACUUAUACCCUUACAAAUACAACAAAUAGAAAAUUUUUACCUCAUAUUUAUGAUUGUGUUGACCAUUGCAUCCUGAUUGAGAAACUGCGCUACUAUGGUGUAGUGGACUUAGCGCUAUCCAUUCUGGAGUCCUCUCUGGCUGGGAGGCAGCAGGUGGUGUCUCUGGUGGAGCUUCUUCCUGUCCACUCCCUGUGAGCCACGGUGUACCUCAGGGAUCAAUCCUGGGACCGAUCCUAUUUAUAAUUAUGAUAAACGACCUCGACAGUGAUGGUUCAACGCUCUUGUUUGCGGAUGAUACAUCAUUGAUGUCCUCUGGCCGUGACCUUAAGCAGGUGUUGGAGAUGUCAGCUGAACAUCUGCGGUCUUCAACUUCAUGGUUCCUGGCAAACCGAUUCCAGUUGAAUGCAAACAAGACCCAGCAUGUCAUCUGCAGCUUGUCAAGAAACCUUCCUGGUGAUCAAGACCCUGUCAAGCUGCUGGGUUUUGUUCUGGACAAUAAACUCAACUGUGCCAGCCAUAUUCAGCAUGUAACCACAAGACUGUCCAGAAUUUGUUUUCUGCUGCUGAAGCUGAGGGGUCAUGUGACUGAGGCCUACUUAGUCAUGGUGUAUCACGCGCUCUUCCACUGUCACGUUUCCUAUGGCCUACUCAUGCGGGGUCAUUCAGCAAAGGUUGUAGACAUACUGAAGCUGCAAAAACGGGCUGCCCGAAUCAUCACCGCAAGCGAUUAUCGCGCACACUGCAAGCCCCUUUUUGUUAGACUUGGUAUUCUAACAGUGAUCUGCCACUUCCUACUUCUCUGUCUAAUGUAUGUCAAGAAGACCCAGCAGUACAUGUUGACUCGGACUGAUGUGCAUGAACAUAACACCAGACAUCGAGAGCUGAUUGAUAUUCCCAGAGUACGCCUUCAGAGAUCACAGGUGUGCUUCAGGAGUUCGGCAUUGCGAUACUUCAAUAGGCUGCCUACAAGAGUAAAACAGUUGGAUUUAAGAGCGUUCGAGAGAGUUGUAUCCAAGCACUUGAAAAGCAUACUACUUUUUUGGUGAAUUAUAUGAGUGAUGAUUUGUCGGAAAUUCAGUCUUGCUAAACAUGCCUUAUGUAUGUUUGUUUUGUGUAUUAUAUGUUUUUGACGCCAUCAAUCCCAUAUUAUGGGUAAAGGAUGCAGAUUUAGGUAUAAAGGUAUAAAUAAAUACAAUACUCUACUGUAUAUAUAUAAUCCGAUUUUAUAUUUCUAACUCAUUUAAUGUAAAGCCUGAUUCACACCAAGCUAUCCUAUAAGCUGUUACCAAAAUAGCUUACAUACUUGCACUGUUUCUGUAGCUGCUAACAUUAAUUAUUUUGUAGCUUGAUGUGACUCAGGCACUACAAGAAACUGUUUCUCUUGUCUCGGAAAGAUAAUUGUUUUUCAAAUAAUUAAGUAUUAUUUACCUACAGUGCUACAACAAUAAUUCUCUGGUGACAUGAAAUCACAAUCAUACCUCUAAAGUAAUAAAAUAAUGUAGCCUAAUGGUUGUGCAAUGUUUGUUUAUUACGCAGACGAAACUAGUGUAGUUCCAGAACUCGCCACAAAAUUCCCAACGCGAAAAAGCGCUGCAAAUGCUGCAUGUAGCAAAAUUUGCGAAUUAUUCGCAUGCAAAUAUCUCGCAACGCAUCGGUUUGAGCCAGCACAUACACCGCAAUGGUAUUAAAUGUUCUAUAAUCUCAAUUUCCAAGUUAAUUUACACAAUGUUGUUUUUAUUCCCAUGUCUUCACCACGGUCCUAAGAUCGGGGAAUUGUCCAGUUUUCUGUCGAUCUCCCAAUCAGUUUGGCAGUUAUUGCAACUUGCACCGCUAUCCUCUUAGAUGGUGGUACAGUAUUUGUGGUUUUCAAUUAAUUCCGUCACUGAAUUGUACGGUCUUGCAGUGAGGUACGUUUUCAGUUCCUUGUGAAAUGCUGAUGGGAGUUUUUCACGUGUUUUAGGUUAUCCGGCAGAAUAUUGAAGAAGUAUGAGUCUGCAUUGGUGUGCGUUCAAAUUUGUUAAGCCUGUGCUGAGGAAGGUCGAUAUUAAAUAUCGAAAUAGCUAAAUUUUAGCUUGGUCUUGGUCCUUUGUACCCAUGCUUACUAUUUUUAAGAUUUGGUUCUGAAUUUAUUGCGAAGAUUACAGUGUCAAGUACGGUGGGGAAAUCUUACAUUGUG